UCAGUCCGCCGCGUGAGGGAGCUCCGGGCGGGGGGCCGGCUCUGAUCAGUUUCACCGGCCGCCCACUGAGACCCCGCUCUGUGGGAAAAUGAUCUCCGGGAUCAGCAGCGGUGUCCUCAGGCAGGCGUUCGCCCUACUGGUGACAUCGCAGGUUCUAAUCUGCCUAGGCGUCACCUUCGGCAUCAACAGCGUCACCCUGAUCCAGGUGCCGCGCCAGCCGGACCGCUUCCUCAGCGACGGCCAGCUCAACUGGACCGUGUCUGUGACGAUGCUGGGCGCGCUGCUGGGCGGCCUGGUGUCGGCGCCGGCCGCCGGGCCGCUCGGCGCCCGCCGGCUCUGCCUGCUGGCCAUGCCGGCGCACGCGGCCGGCGCGCUGGCCGCCGCGCUGGGCGGCUCGUUCGUCUGGGUGCUGCUGGGCCGGCUGCUGAUGGUUGCCGCGCUGGGCGCCACCGAGGGGCCGGCGCGCGCGCUGCUGGCCGAGGUGGUGGCGCCGGGCCGGCGCGCGCUGGCCGCCACGGCGCUGAACGCCGCCCUGGGCGUUGGCCAGGUGGCGGUGCUGCUGGCGGCGCCCUGGCUGCGCUGGCAGACGCUGCUGCUGGCGGCCGGCUGCGCGCCGCCGGCGCUCUGCGCGGCCGGCCUGCUGCUGCUGCCCGACUCGCCCAGCUGGCUGCUGGCGCGGGGACGGCCGGCCGAGGAGGCGCACCGCGCGAUCACCUUCUACCGGCCGGAGGCGGACGCCGCCGCCGAGCUGGCCGCCGUGCAGUCGGCGGCGGCCGGGUCGGAGGGCGGCCCGUCGCUGUGCCGGCCCGAGGCGCUGCGGCCGCUGGUGCGGGGCGGCGUGGCAAUGGCGCUGGUCGGCUGGUGCGGCGGCUCGGCGCUGGUGCAGAUCACGCCGCUGGUGCUGGAGCCGCUGGCGCUGCCGCUGGGCAGCUACCAGCGCGCGCUGCUGGUGCCGGCGCUGGGCCUGCUGCUGGUGGGCGCGGCGCUGCCGCUGGUGGACCGGUACGGCCGGCUGCCGCUGCUGCGGCUGGGCGGCGCGCUCUCGGCGGCCGGGUGCGCCACCGUGGCCGCCUACUGCCUGCUGGAGCCGGCGCGACAGGCGCGGCUGGGCGGACUGGCGCUGACCGGCGCCCUGCUGGUGGCCGUCGCCCACUUCUGCCUGCUGGGCCCGGUGCUGUUCACGUACGCCUCGGAGCUGCUGCCGAGCGGACUGCGCGAGCGCGGCGCCAUCAUCAUCGUCACGUGCCUCAACUCGGGCGUGUUCCUCAUGCUGAAGCUGUACCCGAUUAUGCGGGAGUCGCUCGGCCUCGGCGGGACGUUUGUGGUUCACACGGCCGCCAGUCUGGGUAUGGCGCUGCUGACCGCCGGAUUUCUGCCCGAGACCAGAGGACUCUCACUGGAGCAGAUCAGCGACCUGUUCACAGCCAGACCGACCGACAAGGGCUCCGUGGAAAGGCCAGAGGACUCGGCAAAUGACCAUGCACAGACGUCGGUUUAGAUAGGCACAGCCAGAGCGACCGACUCUGGCUCCGUGGAAAGGCCAGAGGCGUCGGCAUAGAACCAUGCCCAGACAGAGGUCGGUUUAGAUAGGUGUAUUUCGCUCAUCAAUUUGUAUCAAGUAGCCGUGUGUUAGGUAAUCAACCCAUAAGGCGAAUGAUGCAGAGUGAGAUGUACUUUUGUGAAAUCGUGGACUUGUAUCAAUCUUUUUUCAUGGGACCGAUGACAAAAUAAAUAUAUGUUAUCUU